AGGAAAUGCGAAUUGCAGCGUUGUAAUUCGCUUGGUUUGCGUUUCGUGUGCUUUGCAUUUGGUCCUGCUAAUUUACAAAUUACAACAACCUCGGCCUUGGCUGGCUGGGUUGGGUUGGCCCGGCACAGAAUUACCGAGCCCAUGACAAAAACCGGUAGGUGUAUUGUAGACCGUAACAUAUUUAAGGGUCGAUACAGUACAAUUUUACAAAUACUUGUACACAUAUAUAAUGAUCAAUUUUUU